AUGGCUAAUCACCGUGGCGGCCUAGAUGAAUCAAAACCAACCUGUAAGCGUUGUGACAAAGCCGGCUAUACGUGUGCGGGAUACGAGAGGAAACUCGAAUUGCGAUUCCACUCCUUCUCCAACGAGGCCGAGCAACAGACGACAGCAGGAGUAUCAAAGACAACCAAGGAACCCCCACCGUGCCACCAGAGGAUCCCGAAAUCGUUGGUCCUAAGUUCCAACGAUGACCCGGAAGAUUUUGUGCCCUCAGACAUGAGUCUGGUGGCUUUCAGGGAGGAUAUCCAGUUUGCCUAUCUCUUCGACAACUUUGUGUGGAGCAGCUAUGGGACGCCCUGGCUUCAACUGUCCGCCGAGGGUAAGAUUGACUCCUUAUCCCUGGAGGCAUGCCGAGCGUUCUCCCUCAGCAUAUUUGGGAAGCAUCACCAUCAACCCGACAUAGAAGUAAGUGGUGCAAUCCACUACGACAAGGCGGUUCGGGCGCUCUCUUCCCGUUUGUCGAAUGUGGGGGCCCCAGGCAGCGAAGACCUAAUCAUUCCAAUAAUGAUCCUCCUCAUGCAAUCUUCAACCACUCCCGACCCUCAAGCAGCGGCCUUCCACCUCCAAGGCCUGCUCAGACUGAUACAAAUCUGCGGCCCGAGAAAAUUUUCCACUAGUAUGCUGCGAAACGCCUUUGAAUCUUGCCGAGCGACUUUGGUCACAGUUGCCCUGAUCACAAAGACCAGGACCUUCCUGGAGCAGCCAAUCUGGCUGACCGAGCCCUGGUUCGAAAUCGGCGCCUCCAAUAAAAGCUUCCAAAACCAACUGGUCGACGUUCUGGUCUACAUUCCCGGAUUCCUUCAAGAUCAAGCACACCUCGAGCAAGUCCAAUCGGCCGAACUCAAGGGCGAUUUAAUCCGACGCAUCGAGUUCCAGAUCGAAAGGAUCUAUCAGUGGCGAUGGCGAUGGGAAGCAUCCAAUAGCAACGCCGUCUGGGAGGCGGACCCGGAAAUGCUCCCGGCCGAAUAUCUAUCGACGCACUUCCGACCCAUUCGAAGCUUCCUGGUCUUCUCAUCCUCCGCCCAGGCCACAGAAGUAUCCCUCUACAACGCCGUUCUCCUCUGUCUCCUGGGCCUACUGUGGACACUAAAACCAACCGACGACAGGACACCCUCACCACCCACGACACCCACCACGCCUCUAAACCUCCCCGGCGACGUCGAGUUCCUGACGCAGCCCGCCGUCGAGAUCUGUCGCGCUUUUGAAUACCAGCUCAUGCACGUCAAAAACAGCCGGGACUCGGCGCUAUUCUGGCUGUUCCCGCUCGGACUGGCCAGCCGCGUGCUCGAGGACGAUAGCAAUAUGAUGCUGUGGAUCAAGACCAUGCUCGAGACGUCACAGGUCACCCGGGGUUACGGCACCGGCAGCAAUGCCUACGGCUUUGGCUUCUACAAGUUCCCCAAGAUCAGACGGAGGCGCGUUUACCAGCCCCUCAUACAGCCCCAGUACUCGAGCGAGACUCUCAAGCAGUAUUCAAGUGGGUCUUCUACGACGAGCGAUGAGUGA